AUGGCGGCGAGACAGGGUGCACCGUUGCGGGGGAUGAGGGAGUGCUGCUUGGGUGGCCGCUCACCCCGGGUCUGGGCAGCAACGGCCACAGGGGGGCGGAGCAAGUCGCAGGGAGUAUCCAGAUCAGAAAGCAGCAGCCAAACAGAUACUGCCAGUUUAGGAGGCCAAAAGUCCAAAACCAAGCUGUCAGCAAGAUUGGUUCCUUCUGGAGGUUCUGAGGAAAAGUCUGUCCCAUGCCUUCUCCUGGCCUCUCGUGGUUGCCAGCGACCCCUGGUGUUCCUGGCUUGCUGCUGCGUGACUGUAGCGCGGGUCCCAUCUCCACGUGGCCGUCUUUCCUAUCCAGGUCAGAAAGUAGUGCCCAAAUGUAUACGAGCAGGCUCCUCCGGGCCCUCCCCUGCCCACCUGCUUUAUGCCAAGUCACCCCCAGGGCCAGGCGAGAACCUCGCGUUUCCUAGCGCACUAGCUCUGCCCCUCUCCGCAGCCUCCCGCCCUGCUGCUCGGUCUGGCGUUACCUCCCGGCUCUGCGAGCCUGCGCGAGCUGCACCUUACUGGCCUCAACGUCCCAACUGCUGUUAUUCGGCCAACAGGGCUCCAAGACAACGGAGCCAUGUUCUUUCUUCUGGUCCUUCUCACGGGACUUGGUGGUCUGCAGGCAGGCCCCGAUCAUUUUUAUCUUCAGUUUCUGUUGUUUAUUCUUAUGACAAAAAUGACACCCGGAAUGCUAGCCCUUUGUUAGAUCAGUUUGAUUACAUGGGCUCUGAUAUAAAGUCUGUCACACAGAAGGUUAUUCAGAUAAUUGGAUUUGUUAACACUUAUCCGGAGGGUUCAUCUUUGGAGUCAUACACCGUCAGCAUUGUGCAGUUGCUCGGCCUUACUCUGGGACUGAGUUUUGACAGCACGGACUCCUGCUCCUGCACAGGAGAUGUUUGCACAAUGUCACCGGAAGCAGUGCACUCUCAUGGUAUAAAGGAAUUUAGCACGUGUAGCUUGGAUGAGUUUAAAUACUUUGCUUCAAAUCCUGCCUUUGCAUGUCUUCGUUACCCCUUUCAUCUUCAAAACACCCUUCCUCUUACGCCAGUUUACAAAACAACAGGGAGCGUAUGUGGCAAUGGGAAGUUGGAAGGAAAUGAACAAUGUGAUUGUGGCACUGCAAGGACUUGUACACAUAAAUCCUGCUGUGAUGCUACAUCCUGUCGAUUGAAACGUAAGAAACAGUGUGGUUCUGGGGAAUGCUGCACAAAAGAUUGCAAGCUAAAACCACUUGGUACACUUUGUAGGAAAUCAGUUGAUGAAUGUGAUUUUACUGACUAUUGCAAUGGACUUGAUUCACACUGUGUGCCUGACACUUUUGUACAAGAUGGACACUCUUGUAAUUCAGGUGAAGCCCACUGUUAUAAAGGAAGAUGUCGGACAUUCGAUAAACAGUGUAGAAACUUAAUUGGAGGAGCUUCUAGAGGUGCUCCAUUUGCUUGUUUUGAAGAAAUGAAUUCAUUAGGAGACAGAUACGGAAACUGCGGUAGAGUCUAUUGUGGAUUUCCUAAUAUACUGUGUGGAAAAUUAGUUUGUGCCUGGCCACAUAAAGCAUUGGUGUCACGGGCAAAUUUAUCUGUGGUAUACACACAUAUACGAGAAGAAAUGUGCGUAUCUACGUAUCUAAACACGGACAGGAUACUUAAAGAGACACGGACAACAUAUAGUACACCUGAAGACAGAGAUAAAACAUUUGUAGAAGAUGGCUCUACGUGUGGUCCUGGGAUGAUAUGUGAAAGAUUUAGCUGUCGAGAGAUUAAAUACUUGAUUGAUUACAGUUUGUGUGAAAGUUCUAGACAUUGCAGGCUCCGUGGAGUUUGCAACAAUUUCAACCAUUGCCAUUGUAAUAAAGGGUUUGCUCCUCCGAACUGCACGGAACAGAAAGGACAGUUUGGAAGCAUUGAUGAUGGGCACCGAUCCGAAUCAACUAGAAGUUUAUUGGACCAGAGACCUACCACUUCCCCAAAACGCCGAUUUCAACUCAUUUUCUACAUUUCUUUACCUGUGCUUCUCAUUACUGCUGCUGUUUUAACAAAGCGGGCUAAAAUAAGAGAGCUCUGCUACAGAGGAGAAACUGAAAGUGAGAGAUCUGUGUCAGAAGAGAGCAGCAAUUUAUCCCCCAGUGUAAGCCAUUGUACCAAGAAGGCUACAACGUGGACUCCUAAUGUUGCCAGGAGCUUCAUCCUCCAUGAUCGGCUCCUAGAGGAGAAAGCGGCUUGA